UUGUAUUGUGUGUAGGGAUCAGCACAGCAGAAUUAACAAUGGCAGAAUCGAGUACACCCGCAAAUAAUGUGUUCAACUUUGAGAAUUUAAAAACAAAACACUUGAUUGCUGGCAGUAGGAACCAUAUUACACAUGAAAACACUGAGCAAGGAUCAGCUCUUUCGAAAGUGGAUCUCCCUGAAGUAAAACCUUCAAAGUCGAGAAACAUCUUUAUUGUGCGGAAUGAUGUAGUAUCUGAUAAAACAGAAAUGAAGUGCGAAAACAUAGUUGAAAUUAAAUACAAUUCUUCCAAAAAAACUGGAAAUGAAGAUCAACGACGAGGUCAACGAGGUUGGGAAAGCUUUCUCCAAGAGUAGACGAGUAUAUGUUGAGUCCUGUGUACAUAAUAAGAUAAACUUUUCCGUCGUAAACUUUACAUACAAAACUUACGCUAUUUCCUGAUUUAUUGGACACAGAGUGGCCCUAUAUUUCGUUCUCUUAUUAUGUUGUUCUUGAAAUUUUUCUUCCUAUCCUAAUGAAAAAAAUCGCUUUUCUCUUCAAGUA